AUGUCUCGGAUCGAAGAAGCAGAAGAAGCUGUUAUCCGAUGCGGUGUGCUUGAGAUGGGCGGAGUGGAUACCACUACGGUCGGUGGGCAGAAGAAAGGCCGAGACUGUGAUGCCUUUGCUACAUCAUUUAUCAAUCCGAGGCCGGACGGCGACGACGACGCCGAAAUGCCGAAAACCUCUCGACUCUUUGAGACGCAUAUAUACAUAUAA